AUGACUUCCCUGAUUCGUCAGAAUUACUCCACGGAGGUGGAGGCUGCUGUCAACCACCUGGUCAGUUUGCACCUGCAGGCCUCCCAUACCUACCUCUCUCUGGGCUCCUGCUUCCACCGCGACAGUGUGGCUCCCAAGGGCUUGGGCCACUUCUUCGGCAUGUUGGCUGAGAAGAAACACCAGGGCGCCAAUCAGCGGGGGGGUGGGGGGGGGUGUCACGCCCUCUUCCCAGAGGUGGAGAAACCAUCGCAAGAUGACUGGGGGGAUCCCUUAGAUGCCAUGGAAGCUGCCCUGGCCCUAGAGAAGAACCUGAAUGAGGCCCUGUUGGAUCUGCAAGCCUUGGGUUCUGCCCACACAGACCAUCAUCUCCGUUACUUCCUGGAGAACCACUUCCUGGAUGAGGAGGUGAAACUCCUGGAGAAGAUGGGCACUCACCUGACCAACCUCCCUCCGCAGGCUGGUAGCCCCCAGGCAGGGCUGGGCAGGGCUGUCUCUUUGAAAGGCUCUUUGAAAGGCUCACCAAGUGGGAUUAGGAGCCUCCAGAGCCCAGCGGCCCCUGGGGGCUCUCUGGAUCUUGCUAAUCAGAGCCUCUCUCCAGCCACUAGGCAGCUUGUCAAGAAUCCUGGAGCCCUCUCCCAAGUCAUGGACCAAAUGGAAAUAAAGCUUUUGACUGAAAAGAAAGAGAAAACAAGAGUGGAAAUAAAACUACGUGACUAA